AUGGGUCACGCCGCCGGUCUGCGUGCUGGCACUCGCUAUGCCUUCUCGCGCAACUUCCGCCAGAAGGGCAUGAUCAAGCUGUCCACCUACCUGAAGCAGUACAAGGUUGGCGACAUCGUUGACAUCAAGGCGAACGGUGCGGUCCAGAAGGGUAUGCCUCACAAGGUCUACCACGGCAAGACUGGUGUCAUCUACAACGUCACCAAGAGCGCUGUCGGCGUCAUCAUCUACAAGAAGGUCAAGCACAGAUACAUCGAGAAGCGCGUCAACCUCCGCAUUGAGCACAUCUCCCCGUCGCGAUCAAGAGACGACUUCAUCCGCCGAGUCAAGCAGAAUGCUGAGCUGAAGAAGAAGGCCAAGUCCGAGGGCACCACCGUUCAGGUCAAGAGACUACCAGCCCUCCCCCGGGAAGAGAGGACGAUCUCCAUCAAGGAGAACCGACCGGAGACCGUUGCCCCUGUUGCGUACGAGACAACCAUUUAG